AUGAAAGUCGCAAAAGUAGCUGAGCCUGAUCAUGUUGUGAUCACGGUUACAGCUGAUAUCCAUGAAAACUAUCAAAACAAUCUGGAAUAUUUACCGAUACCUAAGAACUCUGAUGAAAUCGUUAAUUCAAACAAAGAAAAUAUGGAUUUCAACCGGAUACAGAUUGAGGACCAAGAACCCCUUUCCUUAAAUGAUAUUAGCCUGGACUUGGAUAUAAAUUUGAAUAAUGGUGCUGAGGAAAAUGUCAUGGAUGAACCUGUUCCUAAAAAACAAAAAAUUAACAUUUUAGAUAUUAAGAAUAUAUCAACCGAAAAUGUAUUCACCGCGAGCAAAACCGAAAAAUGUAAGUCCUUGAAAACAAUAAAAUAA